AUGGAUCUGGUCAUCAUGCAGGAGCUGGCCCGCGCCGAGAGCCAGCAAGAUGCCGCCUCCCUGAAGAGAGCUUACCAACUAAUUAAGUCGGCCAACCUGGGGAAGUCGGAGCUGGACCCCUGGGAAAGCUUCAGCCCCAACCUGUUUGUUCAGUGCGCAGAACAGGCCCUCAAGAUGGGACAGCCACAGGUGAGCGAAGACUGCAUCCAGAUGUACUUCAAGGUGAAGGGGCCUGUCACCCAGUUUCUGGGCCGAGCGCACCUGUGCAAGGCCCAGCUGUGCACCCCGAAGUCCACCGACAACCUGGAAGAAUUUGAAAAUUGUGUGACUCAGUAUAUGAAGGCUAUAAACUUUGCCAAAGGAGAGCCGAGGUAUUAUUUCUUGGUCUUUAACGCCUCAGUCCUCUACUGGCAAAUGGUGAGACCGUUUCUGAAGCCUGGAUACCGCCACCUUCUGAUCCCCAGCCUCUCCCAAAUCGUGAACGUCCUGAACCAAACCGAGGAGGAAGACAAGGAAUGGCGUGCAGAGCUGAUGUUGGAACUUCUUGAGUGUUAUCUGCAAGCUGGAAGAAAGGAGGAUGCUGCUAAGUUCUGUUCCACUGCAGCACCUUUCAUAAAAUCAAAUGUGCCACAGAAAUACCGAGAGAUAUUCUCCAUUAUGACCCUGACUGGUGACGGCGAGUGUGGCUGGUUGGAGGAGUCAGGCUCUGAGUCAGGAACACGAAUUCUUUUGCUUUUUGAGUUAGCUCACCUUUCUUUGACCUUGAAAUGCACGGACAUCUGCUCUGAUUGCCUCUCAGACCUGAAGAAAAUUGAAAGCAAGGAUCCUGGGAAGCUGAUUGAAAUUGAAUGUCUGGAGUGUGAAUUAGAAGCUUUCGAAAUUGAAAAUAAAGUUAAACUCUACAUUCGAUCAGCUGUUGAGACCCAGCUGAGCAUCAUACAGAGGCUGGACGCUGCGCUGCAGCGGGCUGCCCGCCUGGGUGCCCCGCGUGUCAUCCAGGUGGUGUGCGCCACCCAGUGGAACGUCUGCCUGCCCCUGCUGCAGCACAACCUGCGGCACCACCUGCUCAAGCCACUGACCAACAUCGCGGAGAUCCUGGAGAAGGUGGACAGCCUCAUGACGCUACUGCGAUGCCAAGUGCACAUGGAGGUGGCACACAUUGAGGAGGACCAGGACCGGCCAGAGCCCGCCAUGGAGCACCUGCUGAAGGCCAUGCACCUGGACAGCAUGGGCCUUUACCAGGACAAACUGCAGAUGGCCUUCAGCCGGCUGCACCUGUGCACCAUGCUGUACCAGGUCCCUGAGCGUGACGAGGACAGGGCCACCAUGGCCAUCGAGCAGGCAAAAAAAGCCAUCCCAAAAGAUAGCGUCAGGAAAAAGCGGGCCCUCCUGGUGAACGCGGGCCUGGCCUUAGCCCCGGACACGUUUCAGAUUGUGCUGGACAGUGAGAAUGAGGCCAAAGUUUCUGCCGGGAAGAGUAAGGGCCGGUUCAGCUUCCUUGCUGCAAAGGCACGUCACUACAUCGUCAGCGUGGACAAAGCUGUUGGGCACUUACGGCGCUUGGGGAAUGAGAACGAGGGUGAGAGAAUACAGAUUUGGGCCGAGCUGGCCAAAGUUGCACGGAAGCAGGGUGUAUGGGACGUCUGUAGGACGGCGAGCCGCUUCUGCCUUCUGUAUGACAACAUCAAGAUGAGGAAGUCUCAGACGAGGACGAGGAAGGGAAAGAAGAAGCGAGGUGGCGAUGUCUCUGUGCAGGACUUCUGGGACCAGCCAGAGAGCCCCCCGCAGAGGCAGUUGCACCCUGACCUGCUGCGCAGCAUCGCGGAGGUGGGGUUCAUCAGCGCCGAGGCCACUGUCCAUUUUCUGCGGUCAGAAGGUGUGGAGCUGAAUGAGCAGCCUGUCCCUGCUGAGGACUUGAGCCAGCAUGCAGCUGGCUAUGUGCCUGAGCCCCCUGAGGAGAGUGCGGACUGGAUUGCGUACAGAAGCUGGAUUGAGAGCCUAUCCCAGUAUGCCAUGAAUAACUGGCUGCGCUCUGCAGAGAUUGGGCAGGAGAUACAGGAGCCCUGGAUCGUGCAGAACUCGAUUGUCUACGUCCUGAACCACAACUACCACCUCAUCCUGGCCGGGCGGCAAAGGGAGCUCAUAGACAGCUUAUACCACCUCUUGAGCAUCGUCAAGGAUAUGGAUUACAGCGGCGUGGACCCUUCGAUGGUGGCCAUGCUCUGUGACACCCUGGCCCGUGGCCUGAUUAUCACCUGGAUCCCAACCCAGACGCAGACAGCGGAGAAGGGAAAAAAAAUGGCACGAUCAAAUAUCUUCCAUACCCCCAUGGAUGUGGGAAGCAGCGCUGAGAUCAAAGCAGCUGUGGAGAUCUGUGAGUUUGCCCUGAACCUGACUGGUGGGAGUGUGCCUGACGAGGUAGUCCCCACCAGCGCCCGGCAGCAGCUCAUCGCCACCUGGGUGAAGGCCAAGCAGCUGUUACAGCAGCAGAUUGGGCCACGGCUGGGCACAGAGGAGCAGGGAUCCAGUGAUGACUCCAGCUGCGUGACCAGGGUUCUUGUGGCACUGGAGAUGUACUCCUGCAAUGGGCUGGGCCUCAUGGACUUCAGUGUCCCACCCCUGGCUCAACUGGUGAAAAUGGCCUCCGAGUGCAACUGGCCGGAACCCCUGGUGGAGCUGCAGACCCUGACGCGACUGGCCCACUUUGCCCACGCAGCACAUGACCACGAGAUCACCAUGGCCUGCACCCACAAGGCCAUUCAGCUGGGCAUAAACUACAUGAGAACCUUAGGCCCGCCCGAGGCCCGGCUGGUGGCAGAGAUGCUGUGCAUGGCCUCAUGUGUCAAGGGCAGGAGCAUCCUCGAGAGCCUGAAGGGCCGGAAGCACCUGCGGCUGUCAGCAGCUAGGGCCUUCCUGGAGAGUGCCAGGUUCGGGGGUAACGCAGGCAGCAGUGCUCUGGUGAUGAUGGCUGCACGGCACUACUGGAAUGCCUGGCUGCCUCUCCUGUCCUCCGUCGCCAACAGGAAGAAGGCCAGGGUCACUGUCCAGAGGCUCAUUGGCAUCAUCAACAAGACGGAUGACCGAAAGCAGGAAAAAGGGAAAACCCUGCUUCUGCACCAGUGGCCCACUGCAGACUUGCAGAGCGGCGAGACCAGUGAAGGCUACUUCCUUCCAGAGGCUGAGGACGACCUUACACUCCGCACAGCUCUCUAUGGGCUGCUCUUCCACAGCCACGCUGACCAGGAGGACUGGGAGGGUGGCCUCAGGGUGCUGGACGAGGCUGUGCAGGUGCUGCCACGUACGGCUCACCGCCUCUUGAUCUUCAAACACAUGGUCAUCGUGAAGGCCAAACUUGGCCAGAAUUUCAUGAUGGACCUUCAGAAGUUCAAGGAUGAGAGUGAGGACUAUGUGGCGCGUAUGUGGCACCGCCUGGCCUUGAGCUCGAAGAGUGUCCAUGGGGAGCUGACCUGCUACCACAAUGCCAUCCAUGUUCUGCAGAAGCCGGGGACUGAAUGGCAGAAAACGGACUACGUCUUAGAGUUCAGUGAGUGGCUGUAUCACAAGCAGUUCCCUCUGAAGGAUGUGGUCUACCACCUGCAGUGGGCCAUCGAGAUCUUGUUGGCAAUGAAGCCCCCCAGAGAUGCUCCUGAGCCAGAGCCCCAGCCAGAUGGUGAGCAGAUGCCUGAGGACAUGCAUGCUCAGGGGCUGCCAGAAGGUCCAGCCCCCCGGGCUGCAGCGCUGUUGUCCCUGGAGAAGCUGUGCAGUGUGCGGCAGCUGGAGACGCUGGCCCGUGCCUGCACCAUGCUGGCCCUGGUGUUGUCACCCGCCUCCGCCGACUAUGAGGACUAUGGGCUGCUGGCCUACAUGUUCCUCAGGCGCAUCUGGCAGGUUUCUUUGAUGACAGCAGGGAAAUCAAUUUCAGAGAAUAAACUUGAUGGAACAGUCAGUUCAUAUUUGUCACUGGCAAAAAAAGAGAAGGAGAAAAGUAAAGAAAAAGAGAAACUGACAGAAAAGGAGAAACCGAUAGAGAAGGAGAAGCUUCAAGACAAGGAGAAACCAACAGAGAAGGAGAAACCCCGGGAGAAGGAGAAGCUUCAAGACAAGGAGAAACCGACAGAGAAGGAGAAGCUGACAGAGAAGGAGAAGCUGCGGGAGAAGGAUGAGAAGGAGCGGGGCAAGGAGGCCAAGCAGUUCACUCCUGCCAAACAGCUUGAGGACCUACCUGCAAGCACAGAGGAGUGGGCUUCCUAUACCUGCCCCCAGGAGGUGCUGUCCGUGUUUAAACAAGAUGAAAGUGACUUCACUGUCAACACAGCGAGUCUCCUGAAACCGACAUACACCUUAUAUUACCUGGACCACUUGGUCACCAUCCUGCAGAAGAUGUCUCUCCACGAGCUCACCAUCCCCAUCCUGCAGCUGGGCGUCCUGAUCUCGUACUCUGUGGUGGAGAGCGAGAGCCUCGCAGGCCUCUAUCACCUUCGACUCGCGCUCGUGUGCUCCCAAUUGAAGCUGAGAGAAGCUUCCACUUACCAUGAAGAAGCCGCCGGGCCGGUGCACCUCGGGGAACUGGAGCAGGCGAGCUGCAGAAGAGAGAUUGCUUUGAAGAGAGACAGAAAAAAGGAACCUGUAUUGGAAGAAACCCUGCCGGAACUAGCUCUGCAGGUGACACCCACCCCACCCGCAGAGAUGAGGCCGCUGGUAGCGAAGGACAAGAUCUUGGAGAUAAAUGCAGAGAUGGGGAGGGGACUUGAUGGAGAGGCCUUUCCCCAGCUGUGGAUGCUGAAGGGGGAGGUGCUGCUGGAGAUGCACCUGUACCAGCCUACCCGGCUGCUCCUGUCAGAGGCUUACCUGGCUUUCCAGGAGUUUGAUGACCCUUGCGCACAGGCGAGAUGUCUGCUCCUUCUGGCACAGUUGGCCAACAAGGAAAAGAACUACGGACAAGCAAAAAAGAUGAUUGAGGAGGCCCAGUGCCUGGGGGGGAGCGAGGACUUUUGGUACAGCUCCACCCUGACUCUGGCAGAGACACUCUUGUCCACAGGGGAUGAAGGACAAGAGGCCAUGGUUCGCCGCCUAUUUCAGAAGCUCAUAGAGACCUUCAAGGUUCUCAAGAGAGAGAGGCCCAACCGGGCAGCCAGGCUGGACUUCUUCAUCACUGACCUAGAGGCCAGGUGCCUGAGCCUCCAGGUCAGGGCUACGGAGGAGCUGGUGGACAGUGCCCCUCGGGAGUGCUUGGCGCUGCUGAAGGACUUGGACAGCUGCCUGAUGGAAAUAGAGGAACAAUUUAUCAGAUGUGGCUACAGAGAGAAUUGUAUCGACAUAAAAGUAGAGAGAGCCCGGAUAAAGAGGUUAUGUGCCCAGAAGGAGGGUGACGAAGAGCAGAGGACUGCCUACUACCUGGAGGCACACGGCUUGGCUCAGAGGGCAGUGGCUGAACAAGAAAAGCGAUUCCACAGCACCCAGACCUUGCUGGGCCUUCACGGGUUGCAGGAUGUCAACAGCCCCCUGAUGCGGAAGCUUGCCCGCCUCAAGUUGGGCCUGGUGGAGGCCUCGCUGGACAUGCUGCAGGUCAUCUGGGAGCAGAUGCAAGCACAGCAGCUGGAACAGGGCUCCCUGGAGAAGCUUCUGGCUGACUACUUGAGGAGCACCUACGAAUACUCACCUGUUGGCCUGCAGUGGCUGGCACUGAAGCGCACCCUGGCACACACAGUGUUGGCACAGCUGGGGAGUCUGCAGCCGUUGUGCAUGGGCUGCGUGGAGAUCCGUGCCCAGCUCUUGGGCCUGGCCGGGAGGGCCCUGCACCAGCUGGCAGUGCAGGCAGACCCUGUGCGCCCCACCUGCUACUGGGAGGAGUGCCUCUUGGUGGGCACUAAGCUGAACAGCCUCUAAUCUCUGCAGCUGGAAGGUGAGGAAGAGGGCGUUGAAAAGUCGGAAGGGGACCUGCCGGCUGACACAGCAGCCUCCAGAGAGCAGAGCAAGAAAAACGAGGGCCUGAAGCGGAAGAUGGUACUGGCCCGGCGGCUCCUGGCCCAGGCGUCUGAGGUGCUGUUGCAGUGCCUGCACGUGGCCCUGGGCAGUGGCCUCAUGGAUGUUGCCGCGGCCGCCAGCCUGGAGCUGGUAGAGUGCACUGGCACCCUGGACCCUGUGACCACCUGCCAAUUCCUGGCACUGUCUCAGAGCUGCUCGGCCUCAGAGGCAAUGCGGGAUGUCCUGCUUACGGCCACGGCCAACACCAGCAGCUCGCAGCUAGCAGCCCUGCUGCAGCUGCAGGAUCGGCUCAGGCGCCAGGACGGGGCUCUCACCAGCCUGCGUACCAGCGUGGAGCAGAGGUUGGCCGCCACUUUCAAGGCUUGGCAGAAUCUGUGCGUCACGGAGCAACAUUUCAACCUGCUGAAUGAGAUCCCACCUAUGUUUCGGAUCCUCUUCCUGCACCACUCACGAGACAGGUCCCGGCUGUAUUGCGCUGUCUAUGAGAAACCCAAGUCCUUUUCUGCCAGCAAAGGAAAGGUGCUGUCAGUGGGGGGUCUCUGCAAGGUGAUGCGGCUGGCUGUGAACCCUGCUGACUUCUCACACCUGUUGGCCUGUGCCCACCAGUUCCAAGAGCACCCCCAGGUUGAGGUAUACGCAGAGGACACGGCCCAGGACCCAGACGUGGAGCCAGAGGAUGUGCAGGUGAGGAACAAAGCACCUGGCCUACAUGGGCUGGGCCAUGUCCUGCAGCCCAUGGAGGCCUAUCUGAAGCCACUCUUCCCGCUGUUCAGCUAUACUGAAGACAGAACACAGAUACCCACUGUUGUUGCAGAUUCUGGGAAAGCAAAAGGCAAAGACAAGGACAAGAAAUUAUCUUUAGGACAAACUCACGCUGAGGCUGCGGAUAAGAUGAUCCUGAUUGCAGACAGGCCCUUUCUGCAGUUGCCACUAGAAGGUCUGUCUGUGCUGGAUGAAGCGACAGUUUCCUCUGUGUCACGAGAAUUUUCUCUCCAGAUGUUGUACAAUCGCCUCCAUAAAGAAGAAUCGGAUGGCGGCACAGGGAAGAAGGAGACCAAGGGCAGGGACUUCAAGCAGAGGAACCUGACCAGGAGGGGCCGGAAGGGCAGCACCAACCGGACCAUCCCCCCGGACUGCAUCGUCGUGGACGCAGACGGCUUCAAGUUUGUGGUGGACCCCCCCGAGGAGGUCCAGGGCCCAGAAAUGCUGACUCCUGUCUAUGUAACCCGGGAGAUUUUGGAACGAUUCCAAGAAACAUUCACUUCGAGAUGGGUGGGACAUCUGGGAAGAAGUUACUUUCCCAGCCAGGGGCAGUGGGAGCAGGCCUUGGCCAGCUGCAGUGGCUUCUUCUUCUACGGAGCAAAGAACCUCCUGUCCCAUCUACUAGUGGACAGACUGGUGGCCAUGAACCUACAGGAGUGCCACAUGAUGAUCCUAUUGGACCUGACAUGGCCCUAUGAAAGCACACGGCAGCACAGGGAUGGCUCAGAGGACAAGAGCACAUCCCAGCUGUCUUUGGAGGUGCCCGUUGAGACUGCCAUCCUCCUGAGCCUGGCAGGAGUCAAGAGCAUCACAGCAAACCAGUGGCCAGCGUCGCUGCAAGACAACGCCCUGCGAGCCAGCGUCCUGUGGGAGAAUAUGUUAGCCUUGGGCAAGCCGAUCGGGGCUGUGGUCCGUCUCCUCCAGAAGAUGGGAGGCCAUGGAGUAGUUAGCCAAGACGCAGUGCCUCACACCUCGAAGGACAAGGUGCCGAUCAUCCAGCUGCCUCUGCCAAGCCCAGAGCGGCUCCCCACCGCCCUCAACUUGGUCCUCUACGGGCUGCCGCACCAAGCCAUUGGGUAG